AAAUCUCAUUCCCUAAUGAGUCAUCAAACUAUUUACAAUGUGUCCAUUGCUUUAUGUUUUUGCAUUCUUUUCACCAUUGUUUCGUCUGAUAGCUCAGAAGCAAUGCGAGAUCUCGUUACGGAUUUGCCUGGCCAGUCUGGUACUAUGAGCAUUAGACAUUACGCCGGUUAUGUCCCGGUUAAUAAAACAAAUGGGAGGGCUAUGUUUUAUUGGUUCUUCGAGGCUAUGAGUCUCCCAAACCAGAAGCCUUUAGUACUAUGGCUUAAUGGAGGACCUGGAUGUUCUUCCGUGGGAUAUGGCGCAACACAAGAGAUUGGUCCAUUUCUCGUGGAUAACAAAGGAAACAGUAUUAAGUUUAACCCCUACGCAUGGAAUAAAGAGGCCAACAUGCUGUUUCUAGAAUCUCCCGUUGGUGUUGGAUUUUCGUAUUCAAACACAAGUAGUGAUUAUAAAGAACUCGGCGAUGACUUUACAGCGAGAGACACAUACGCCUUUAUCCAAAAGUGGUUACAGAGAUUCCCAGCUUACAGAGAAAACCAUUUCUAUAUAGCAGGAGAGAGCUAUGCAGGAAAGUACAUACCAGAGCUUGCAGAGAUCAUUUUUGACAAGAACAAUGAUAACUCUUCACUUCACAUCAAACUUAAGGGCAUUUUGCUUGGAAACCCUGAAAUAUCAGAAGCCGAAGAUUGGGAAGGAUGGGUGGAUUACGCAUGGAGCCAUGCGGUGAUAUCAGACGAGACGUAUGGAGUCAUAAAAAGAAGUUGCAAUUUUAGUAGUAACACUAUUUGGGAUGUUAAAGAGUGCAAAGACGGCGUAGACGAAGUACUCAAACAAUAUCACAAAAUUGACCAAUACAGUCUCUAUACUCCUACCUGUAUUGGAAAUUCAACGCUUGCUUCCUCCGUUGAUUCGACACGAUUCAAGACUAGUUUGGCCAAUUCCAAAAUGAUGCCGAGGAUAAUGGGUGGAUAUGACCCGUGUUUGGAUGAUUACACUAGAGUAUUCUACAACAGAGCAGAUGUCCAGAAAGCUCUUCACGCAAGUGAUGGUAUUCAUCUCAAGAAUUGGAACAUUUGCAAUGAUGAUAUUUUUCAUAAUUGGGCUGAUUCAAAACCCUCAGUUUUGCCAAUAUAUAAGAAAUUAAUCGCUGGAGGAUUUAGAAUAUGGGUUUACAGCGGCGACACAGACGGACGAGCUCCCGUACUCGGGACAAGGUAUUGCAUAAAUAAAUUGGAAUUACCCAUCAAGACCUCUUGGAGGCCAUGGUACCACGAGAAACAGGUUAGUGGAUGGCUUCAAGAAUAUGAAGGUUUAACGUUCGCAACGUUCAAAGGAGCAGGGCAUGAUGUGCCUUCGUUCAAACCCAGCGAAUCCCUUGCGUUUUUCUCCGCCUUUCUCAACGGAGUUCCUCCUCCUUUGUCGCUAUAGAGAAAAAAAAAAAUUAUAUUGAAGAUUAUG